GCCUAGUUGUUGCCUAAAAAAUAUUGUUUUUGGAUCACAUAGUAUCUAAAGGUUUAAUUGUCUACAUAAAGAAUGCUACAUAAUUAAUCAGGAUCAGGAAAUCAUCCACCUUCAUACCAGUAUCACUAACGUUGUUCGGCACUCGACGGAAGAAGAGUACACUGUCGAAAUCUAAUUUGACUUUGUUUUGAAGAAAACAAUCCAGCAAGACGGCGGGUCGAAGCAGUAUGAGACGCGCUAAAGACGGCUACGCGUACCAGCCCAUUCCCAGGGUGGCUACAGAAGAUGCAGUCGCUCACGAGAACGAUCAAAUGGCAGAGGAGCUCAGCGGGAAGAUCAGCACCCUCAAGCAUAUGUCGAUAGAAAUAGGCAACGAAGUCCGAUAUCAAGACAAAAUCUUACGUGGACUUGAUGACGAUGUCGACAGAAGCUCUGGUUUUCUUGGGAAGACCAUGGGCCGAGUAUUAAGACUGGGCAAAGGCAAUCAUAAUUACUACGUAUUUUAUUUGUUUCUAUUCUCGAUUUUUGUCUUCUUCCUACUCUAUAUUGUUUUGAAAUUUAGGUGAUCUGGUGAAACAAUUAUAUGACUGAAUUCCAAAUUGUACCUUGUUCUUGUUCAUAUGUAUAAUUAUUUAUUAAGUAACAAAAACUGAUAUAUAAAAAUAUUAUGUAAAUAAAUAGUUUGCAAAACACAGUCUUA